UCGAACCUGCGCGGGCAAAGCCCACAUGAUUUCUAGUCAUGCCCGAUAACCACUCCGGCACGUCCACCAAGUUGUUAAUUCAGUCACAAGUACUUUAUUCAAUAAUAUAUACUUCGGCUUACUGCUGUUUCCUUUCGACACCACCCAGUGCCUACACAACACAGAAGCAAACCGAACGGUUUCACAUCAGACGCAGCAGCAAAAAGUUUCAAAUUUGGUACUUUGGCACCCUCCACGUAGUAGUUCUCACCAUGUCCGACACUGGAAGAAGUGCCAACAACAAUGGUUCCAAGCGGAGCCUGCCAUCAUGCACGAGUGCAAGGGAAAAUGAGAGCGAAAACAGUGCAAAGAAACCAAAUUUGGAUGGCAAAGGUGAGAAAUUCGGUGAAGCCGAGACACCCAACAAGAGCAAAGUCCAAAAUCAAAAUGGUGGAAAAUCUUCCGCCUCAUGUUUGGAAUCUAAAAGCUUCAACAAGCUUCUGGAAGGGGUGGUUUUUGUGCUUUCAGGGUUUGUGAAUCCGGAGAGGGGCAUGUUGAGGUCACGAGCGAUGGAAAUGGGAGCAGAAUAUAAGCCUGAUUGGAACUCUGAUUGCACUCUCUUGGUUUGUGCUUUUCCAAAUACCCCUAAGUUUAGACAAGUUGAAGCUGAUUGUGGAACCAUUGUGUCAAAGGUUUGGAUAAUAGAGUGUUACACCCAAAGGAAGCUGAUUGAAAUUGACAGUUACCUUUUGCAUGCUGGGAAACCAUGGUGCAAAGGAAAUGGAUCAAUUGAAGUAAAUGAAGAUAAGAAACCAUCUGUACCCAAAAAAUCACCGAAGCACAUUGAAAGAGAACAGCUUUCAACAUCAACUGCCUCCCUAAAAUCAAAGGGAAAAGACCCCGAUGUUGCUAGGAAAUGCUUUGAGCCUUUGGAAGUGAAAAAGUGGGUCAUUGAUGAUUUGAAUAAAACAAUUCAGUGGCUGGAAAAUCAAGAAGAAAAGCCAGACCCUAGUGAGUUGACAAAAAUAGCUGCAGAGGGGAUUCUAACUUGUUUGCAAGAUGCAAUAUGUUCUCUAGAGGAAAAACAGGACAUCCGGAAAGGGACUGAGGACUGGAUGUUCUUACCUCGGGUUGUUGAGGAGCUUGCAAAGUUUGAUGUAGAAGGCAACAAGGGCUCAUUGUUAAAGGAAGAACUUCAAAGACGGGCUUUGGAUUGUAAGCGUAUUUAUGAGGAGGAACUAAAUGGUUUAGAUCAUGAAAGGAAAACGAAUACAAAGGUAAAUAAAGAACAGACGAGCAAAACUAGAAGAACAAAUGCCAUGUCUUCUGGUGCAGUUGAGUAUGAUAGUGAUGAGACAAUUGAGAUGACUGAACAAGAAAUAGACCUUGCAUAUAAGACUUUGUCCUCUAACAUUUGCCACUUGUGAGUGAUGAUUGAACUUUGUUUCUUUAAGGGGUUUUGGUUCACCUAUAUUUUUCUUUGGAUAUUCUACGGUGUAUAUUACAAAAAAAGAAAAGGCCCAAGUGUGUUAGACUGACCUCCUUUUGAAAGUACGUUAGCCUUACAUGUGCUUUGCUGCUUCCAUGCAUAUUACUUUUCUCAGUCUUCAUUAAAGGGGCACUUGAGUUUUUGUUUUGUCAUCA